GCUUUAGUUACAAAUGGUACUUUACAAACGAAAUUUUAAUGUACACUUUAUACCAAAGCUGCGUGAUGGAAUAUCUUCGGUUAAAGAAGGGAAUUUUUAUAGUUUAAACUCAUAACUGUCUUGAUGAAUUUCAGCCAGUUUGAAUCAUGGAAGUUGGUGCAUCGACUUACUAAGCUUCCAGCUCAUUUCGUAAUGUUUUCCAGAAUGGCAAUCAAGAUUAUAAACUCAAAAGGGAAAAACACUCAGUGGAAUAUACAAAAAACCGGCCCAAUGCGAUGUCUCCCAAAAGACUGUUUUGCUGCGAUUGUUAGGAAUAAUGCGACGAGAACAAUAGAAAGAUUUCCAAAGCAAACCGGCUUGAAUACAGUUAUGAGGGGUGAUCCAUUCCAAUGUUGUACAAUUUUCAUUAGGAGUUUUUUUUUCCUCUAAGAAUGUUGCAUUCAUUUCUGUCCUCUGUCCCAAGCUCGAUUUUGAAAUAUUUCAAAAAUCGCAAUGCUGCUAGACCUGUAGCGAAGGAGGAAAAUUAACGACAGCACUUAUAAUGUGACUGCUUAUUAUUUGACCCAAAAAUCCCAAUAAAAAUCGCUCGUGGUAGAUAAGAGGAGUCUGUUUUGAUAAGAAGAUAAGAAUAUUUAUGAGUGUCAAAGUAAAAUUCUCUGCACAACUGUUUGUCACGAGUUCAUUAAAGGCAGAACUCUGGUUGGUUCAUCAUUGACAGUUCUUCACUGAGUUUUUAAUAUCAUGAUGUGAUACGCUUUGCUCAGUUGCACACUCGGGUCAAAAGCUUUCCUUUCCUCUCCUCUUGAGGACAGAAGGAAUCUCGGUCGUGAUUUCUGCCUUUACCAUCCUUACAUUUUGGGUGCUACGCCUAUAGGUUAGCCUAUGCAAUUUGGUGCGAGCUUUUGACCUUGUCAAAUUAGCAAUGUCCAGUACUAAAAUGAAUCACAAUGACUGUCUUGCCACUUGUGCUUGGCGAGCAGGUUUUACUAAGAAUAUUUUUUACAUGAAAAUACUAGGAACAUUUAGUGAGGUCUUGGGAGCAUAUCAGCGUUCCCAAAUUGUUCAGCUGCAAUGUUUCGAAGACUUGUGUCCACUUCACCUUUUAUUAGUAGUAUUAUCAUUCUGUCGCUAGUGACAGUGGUGUGAAAAAACAUGCCGAACCCGUCUGCUCUCACAAGUUAGCGCAGAAAAAUUAUAUUAGUUCCUCCUAUGAGUACCCAAUAGUUAUGUUAUUGCACCAAGACCAUAUUUUCUAGUGAAUGGGUUUCUUAAUUUUCGUCACUUUUCUGUACGAUAAUACACUGAGAUGAAAAUGAGGACACAGACAGGUAUCACCUUCUAGAAAUAAACAGUUAAACGGCAAAAUGAUGACACGCAAUACCGAAGGAAACCUUCAAAUGAUUUUAGAUUGAACUAGUUCCGAAAGGCAUAAUCCUAUUUCUAUGAGGCGGAGGUGCCACAGCCAAUUAAAUUAAUUAAUUCAUACAGUGCUCAGGCUUGUAAACAAAAAUUUGGCGAGUUUCCUUUGAUUCGAUUUUAUGAAUCUCAGCAUGGAACCGAUACCAAAACAAAUCGUCGUCAGCAGCUAUUUCCGUUGGGUUGCAACGAAAAAAAAAUGCGUGAAAUGAACCAGGGAUACAACUCAUAUAAAUGUGGCUCUACUGACAACAAUGAAAAUCAUAAAGGAACACUCUUAGCAGUUAUUCUCACAAAUUGAUUUUUUCUGAGAAAUAAUGUCUUCAUGCAAUUGCAUUGUAUGAAAGUGGAAGAAUCGUCUGCAAAGUAUUUGGCAAAAAAAGAAAAACAAAAGAGGAUUUGAGAUUUGAAUCCAAUCGUAUCCAAGGGAAAUGAGUUGAAGUUCAGACUACGGUGGCUGUGGGCCGGCCCACUUAACAAUGAAGGGCUGCAAUGUAAAAAUACAGGUAAUGAGAUUCCAUCGAAGUGACUUUAUAAGUCAUCGAAGAGAAGACUAUAUGUUUGGAAAAGAAAGGCUGUGUUUUCUUUUUAUGAGUAAACAAAGCCAUUUAAUUCUUUUCUUUCAUCUUCACCCCUUAUUAUCAAAACCCAUACUGGAGUCGAGUGACUCAGAGGGCAAUACAAAAUUGGAACUCCCCGCAUAGUCGCACGCUUGCCUUAUUAGGAAAACCACGUGUUCCCUUCGCGUGGGCAGCUCAACUGGCUCGCUUUAGCAGGACGGACAAAUAUGACGUCCAUGUCUAUGCAGCACCUGUUGUAAGUGAGAAAGAUCGACGCCUACAAAAACUUACACCGGCUAAUUUUGUUUUUGAAGUCUGCCCUUAAAGUUAGUGAACACAGCAGGACGUCCUUGGUAGAAGCUCCAGAGCGCUGUUUACGCGUCGCUAAAUUGGAAUUCUAACGUGUUACAUGAAGGGCCAGUUUAUAUCAAGCAUGGACACGAUCGCAUCUAAAGAGAAGCGUCGAAUAUCCAUGUGUGUCGGCUGCGGCUCUCAGAUUCAAGACCAGUACAUUCUCCGCGUAGCACCCGACCUGGAAUGGCACGCCGGCUGCCUCAAAUGCGCUGAUUGCCACACGUAUCUGGACGAAACUUGUACGUGUUUUGUGCGAGACGGAAAGACGUACUGCAAGCGUGAUUAUGUUAGGUUAUUUGGCACAAAGUGCGCCAAGUGUUCUCGGUCGGUGACCAAAAACGAUUUCGUGAUGAGGGCGAAGAAUCAAAUCUAUCAUAUAGACUGUUUUCGCUGCAUCGCCUGCAGUAGGCAACUUGUCCCAGGCGACGAGUUUGCGCUGCGGGAGGACGGGUUAUUUUGCAAGGAGGACAACGAAAUUGUGGAGAAAGCGACUGCUACAGCUCAAGCGGCACAUGCUCGAGGUGGACAAAGAUCCUCGUCUCAAUCAUCAGCGCACUCAAACGGUCAGCCCGAUGGCUCUCCAACACGGCGCGGAAAAUCCGAGAAAACGACCAGGGUACGGACCGUGUUGAACGAGAAGCAGUUACACACGCUAAGAACAUGCUAUGCGGCGAACCCACGGCCUGACGCAAUGAUGAAAGAACAGCUCGUCGAGAUGACUGGCUUGAGCCCUCGAGUUAUACGCGUCUGGUUUCAGAAUAAACGCUGUAAAGACAAGAAAAAGUCCAUGAUGUUAAAUAAAACGUCGUCCCACCACCAGCACCAAGGAGCGGGCUCGGAUGACGGGCAGAGUCCGACUGGUAGCUCUCCGAACGCACUCUCCAGCCGCUCGCUACCGCCAUCAGCUAUUUCGGGUGUUCAAACUUACUCUUCGAAUAUAACUCCACCUUCGCUAAGACCGCCAACUGACGUAGCAAUGGGUGAUAUCCCUAGUUAUCAACCAUGGAAGGCUCUGAAUGAGUUCGCCUUACACAACGACAUGGAUCAAGGUCCGUUUCAACAACUGGUGCAGUUCUCGGAGCAGGCGCCCCAUAUGGUAUCGCGACCGCAUGAAGGUAUUGGAGCAAAUUAAAUCCUCCACCGAUUGCAAGACGACUUUUAAACAGAGACUUAAGAGAGUUGGACUUAUAGCUAUUGCGCUCGUCUUCCGGAAAUUAAUUUAUUUCUUCUAUCGCAAGCAUCGAACAUUCUGUAAAGUGUAAAGUUCAUGACAAUUAUUGCAAGGGACAUCACAUUGUACUCUUGUUUUGGCAAUGUAUAUAUUUUAUGGGAUAUUGUUUACGUGUUGAGAGAAAACCUCUCAAUAAAAAAGUGUACAACGGUG